UAAUUAUUUACCUAAUCAAUCGAGAUGUCCAUACACAGACCCCUGGCCGCAUUUCACGAUUAAGUAUCGCCUUAGCCAAGUUUUCCUUGAUGUCACUUAAUAAUACCUGCGAUUCAUCGUCCAGUUCAUCCCAAUAAGUUCUGGCUGUCAGGACAUUUUAGCUGCCAUCUGCAGGGACUGACGUGAUGUUUCCGACGCGCGUAUUUUCAAAUAUGAAUUUUGCAAAUUUGAUUUUGAAUCGCAGGAAGAUUCAUAUGACCAGGAUAAUAAGAAUUGCAGAGGGACAUAUAAAUUUAGCCAGAGGUGCUCGUAAUACAGUAGUAAGUAUAGACAAUGUAACCCAAGACUUAAAAAUGGCUUCAAAUCCUGGACAAGUCUUAGAAACAAUUUCCCCGCACUUGCCUCAAUUUAAAAGCAAUCACGUAAUGCAAACUUUAAAAAUACUGUUUAGUUUGCAAAAACAAGGAUGUGAUCAAAAUUUACUUGAAAACGAAAACUUUUCAUUGUUGUGUAAAAAACUGAAGCAAGAAUGUCGUGCCAUGGAAAUCAAUGAUACUGUUGAAGCCCUGAAAAUACUAAUUUUUAUGGACGUCCCAGGCAACAGUACAAUAAUACAAUCUUUACUUCAAUUAGUUAGAAGUUCUGUGAAUGAGUUAACAUUACCCCAAGUUAUAUUCUUAGACUUUUUAUUAAGAAAACUUAAAGACACCACACCUUUAGUCGAAGCUUUACUCAUAGCCUUUCCUUUAGUAUUCCAAUUGCAAAUACAAAAAGUUGUAAAUCAUGAAAAUGUAAAUGAAUUACUAGACUAUUUACAAUUUGCUUCAAAGUUUCCGAUGCCUUCCAACUGCAUUCAGAGCAUUGUGAGUGCUUUAACACUACACGGACAAGAUUUACCAGUAAAUGCAGCCAAAAGUAUCGUCUGGUCACUUUGUGAUAUGAAACAUUUUGAAAGGUCUUAUGAAAGACUUUUGGUGAACUCGUUUAGUGUCCUGAAAAAGGAUAUUAUGGACAUGAGCUUUAGCGAUGUUGAAAUUACUUUGAGUAAAAUUGUUAAUUGUUUCAAGCACGAUAACUUUAAUGUCUACGAUGAGGAAUUUAUUGACAAAGCUGCUCAUUAUUAUAUUGUUAACAAGUGCAAUUUUACGGAGGCUAUGUGGACGUUGAAGAAAUUUAACAGGAUGUCCUACGUCAACAUUCCAUUUUUGGAUUACGUCGGCCAAUUAAUCGAAGAAAACCCCGAAAGACUUUCGGCAGGGCGUCCAAGUAUUUUUAUAACAGUUGUAAACGCGUUGAGUUUAGCAGAUUACAAAACUAAACACUGGGAAACUAUAGAAACAGCAAUUUUGCAAAACGACAUUUUCAUAAGUGGAAAGGACGAACUGCCUUGGACCAAAUGUGCUGCCGAAUUGGCCUCUUUGGAUAUAUUCAAUCAUGAAUUACUAGAACGAAUAUUCAGCCCUACGUUUUUGGAAAAGUUCUUAUCAAGAGAGUUCAACGUGAUAGACCACUUCCAAAUACUCCAACUAUACCAAGCAGUCAAAACCUUAUGCCCAAGUUACGAUGGCCCUUUUCCCAGCCAGGACAUUAUAAAACAUGCAAUAGCCCUACAGAAUACACCUAUUGAAGUAACAUCGAUUAGAACGGCUUUGAUUUAUGCUUUGGAAAACGAGAGAUAUGUUACAAAUGGAGUUCACUCAAAAUUGGGACAUUACAUAGAUUACGUUAUUGUUAUGAGAAAUGGUAAACCCGUGCCAAUUUCUUCGGCGUUGGACCAAGAUAAUGUUUUUAUAGAAGAUAUUGUGGCUCCAGAAGAUAGUACAAUAAUUUGUCUGUUAGUUUGUCCAAAUGGUUGUUAUGCAACAAAUUGCCAAAGGCUCAGAGGAACUGUGAAGUUAAGGAUACGAUCAUUGGAAGCCCUAGGCUAUAAGGUGUUACCGAUUUCUAUAUCCGAUUGGAAAAAUUUAGGAGACCGAGAAAAAAUUCCAUAUUUGUUACAAAAAAUCAAAAGCCAAUGUGAAAAUAGUGUACAAGAAACUGUUGCUUAG